AUGGCGGAAGAUAGCAGCAGCAGCAGCAGCUCUACUACCACCAAUCUUCAUAGCAACAACCAUUCCCCUGCUUCUUCCUCCUCCUCUUCUUCUUCCUCUUCGUCUACCUCUCCAUCCGCGGUCGAACCAUCCCGGCCGCAGAAGAGUGGAAGUCGGAAAAAGAGAGCAGUGAGUGAUCACGGUCACUGUUGCAAUAGCAGCUGUAGUAAGCGGUCGUCCGCGGCGCAGCUGCGGAGCGGCGAUGACAACAUCCAGCACACUCCGAGUUUGAAUUCGGCUGACGUGGCGGCGGCCACGCGGGAGUACAGAGGGGUGAGGAAGCGGAGCUGGGGGAAGUACGUGUCGGAGAUACGGCAGCCGAGGAAGAAGUCGCGGAUUUGGCUGGGGACUUUCCCCACAGCCGAGAUGGCGGCGCGUGCGCACGACGUGGCCGCGAUUACCGUCAAGGGCGACUCUGCCAUCCUCAAUUUCCCUCACCUCGCGGAUUGCCUCCCCCGCCCGGCGUCUUCGUCGCCGCAGGACAUUCAGGAGGCGGCCGCCAAGGCCGCCGCCAUGGUCGAGCUGGAUUCCCCUCCUACCAUUGCCGUGACGGAGGCGGCGACGACGACGGAGGAGGAGGAGGAUGAGGAGGAAUUGGGGGAGAUUGUGGAGCUGCCGAAUUUUGAAGGGAGCUUGCCGUUCGAGUGGCCGGCGAUGGAGGAGUUCGUGUACUGCUAUUACCCGCCGGCGGGGCUCGAGUGGGACAGUUCCGUGAUUUCCGGCGAGGCGGCGGGAGCUUCCGUGCUGGGAUUAGUUGCGGAAAAUUCGGGUGUUUUUGGAACUGUGACUUUUUAG